AUGUCUGAAGCAAGAGGCGAGUCACGGGCUAGUUAUGCCAGUCAGAGCCAAUAUUCUGAAUCAACCAUCAUCAACCAGGAUAUCACUGAUCAGGACCUUUUAAAGGCCCACAAGACAAGCAAUCAGGCGUCUAAAGUGGUCAGUUUUGCUCCCGGAUCAGCUCUAGAACGAGCCAAAACUGUAGAGGAGCUGGGAAAACAACAACACAAAGGGAUGCAUGCAGGAAAACAUUUAGAUCUGAUGGAAAGACUUAUAGACAGGCCCCACAAUUCAGAUGUGUUCAGAAUGGUGAAAGCUUCACCCCGGGAAAAUAAACAAGAACUUCAAAGUACAGGCACUUUAAAAUCCCAGCCUAUUAUUAACGGCUCUCAAACCCCAACAAGACAGAGUCCAUUGAUGCCUCGUCCACCUUCAGCUAAAAUGAGCAAUGGUGGUGGUUCUAUGACAAGUUUCAGAACAACAAUAUUUAAAAGGGACUAUCAGAAGCGUCAGACAGAUAUCAAUAAACGUAAUCAACAACCUGCACUGGAUCCACCUAAACUCACAGUCAGCAUGCUCCGCAAGAAAAGCCCAAAGGUAGUGUCUGUGCCUAUCACUCCAGCAGAGGACAUGGUAUCUGAAGGUGCAGAAGAUCUAGAGAUCUUGGCGGAGUUAGUUGAAUUGAUGGGGGAGACAGGAGGAACUGACACAGACAAUGUUGUCCCAGGGUCUGAAGAAGAGUGUGAGACACCUAAACAGCCGAGUGUUCCUGAGGAGAAAACUGUUACCUUCAGCAAGGAGAGUACCACCAGUUCUCCAACCAAAUCUUUAGCCUCCCGUGUGUCAACAGGAAAAUCAUUUGAUGAUGGUGUGACAGAGGAUGAUGAAGACAUUGACGUGUGCCUUGUUAAAUAUCCCGGAGGAAUACCUAUCAUUGACACUGUAGCUCCUCCCCCUGUCAAAGCUCCACCCACUAAGGACAAAGCACCAAUAACAGACAGAUCAGCAUCAACAAUGCCAACUCAUGUGGUUUUGAAGAAGAGAACAAAAUAUGAUGAUACAGUCCCAGACAAUGAUGAUAUGAUUUAUAACUUGAUUCGUCUGCGGGAGCGCCUUGGCUGGGAGUCGGAGAUUCCUCGUCAUGCCCCAGGGUGUAAGGCUAGCAUGAUGACACUACGUAACAUUCCCGAGGAAGAGGAAGAAAAUUCUGUAUGUGUUGGAUCAAAAUACAAAGAGGACGAUGGAGAGUUUGUAUACUGUCUUCCUACAUGGCGUAAAAAUCGACGAGCUCGAUAUGAUCCCUAUGACCUCCAGGUUGUAUCAGCCAAUACAGCAAGAGCGCACAAAGUCUACUACACCGUGACAGCAUCUUUCAUUACCAUGUGCACUCAGAAAGAAGAUGGAAGUACAGAGUCGGUAAACAACCCUGCCCUUUGGUGGCUAUGGGAGAAACGCCUUUUCUACAUGAUUUAUCAACUUCCAGUUUUUGUCAAGUUCAGAUUGUGGAAGACUUUCAAGAUGUGGAAAAGAAAUGUCCGCUUACAAAAAAGUGCCCAGAGCAAAGUGGUACUUUAUAAGAGCCUGUUUGUAGCCAAUGAAGUCCUCCAGGGCUGCCUGAUCCAUGUGCGAAGCCUUUGUGAGGCCGCCUGUGGUAGCAAUAAGGGUAUCGGAGAGGGUGAGAGUGCUGUAUCUCUCAUCAGUAUGGACCGAGCAGCAACUCUUACUCUACAAGAGUUCAGAGAUAUGCAGGAAAAACAAGGAAAGCUUGCACUGGAGAAACUCAAUGCACUUCGCAAGAAAAUCAUAGAUAUUGUCUGGGAAUCUUGUGCAACUGUUGCUGAGAUGGAAGGUAUAACUCAUGGUAUCAGGACUGAGGGGGUUAAAAAGGUGGUGCUUAAGGAACCUAAGGAGGAAGAAGUAAAGGUCACUUCAAAAUCCAAGUUACGAUCCAAGUACGCUAGUGAUAUACCACUACCUGAGACUAAAACAAAGAAGAAACAGGACGAUAAAAAAGCAAUAAAGCCCCUGUACGCUGAGAUUGCAGAGUGGCGCAAGAUCCUGAACAGACUGGCUGGAUUCCUGCGGUCAGUCGACUACCUGAUGCUGGAGAUGUUACGGAGGCUGGUGGUCACAGCCGUGAGAGUACUGUUAGAUCACCUUGUGUCUUCUUACAAUGUCACAGACGAGGAUGAAGAAAAGGCAUCAUCAUAUGUUCCAUCAUCUAAAAGCAGCAGUCCUGAGCCUGAUGAGGAUGAGGUUCCCCCAAAACCCAUCAAAACGGGAAGCUACCAUGGUUCUGAAUAUGAUGAUGAGACAGAAACUUUGUCUACAAUGAGUCGACUGGAUUUCUCUAGGCCCAUUUCUGCAGCCAGUACAUCUAGUAAUAUACCCCCUUACGCUCGUAAACAACAAAAAUCACAACAGGGAUACCUGAUUCCACAUUUUGAUUUUGACGAGCCAGAGCUGUUUGAAGGACCGCCAGAUGCUGAUGAGAUUCUGCGUGAGAUUCAGCAUCGUGAUGAGGUGGAGGAGGUGACAGCAUGUGUUUUCAGUCUGCAACUGAUGCUGAAUGUGCCAGGAGUGACAGCACCUCUGUCCUCAUCACAUCUAUCCUCCAAAGUGGAACGCGCAUCUAUAAGGUCCAACACUUCUUCUCGUGUCAGACUUGAUGGCAAAAUAGACAUCACACAGAAAAAAUCUGUCAAAUUUACAACUGACCAGGAAAACGAGUCAGAUGGUGAUGACACCAGUGAAAGUGGUGAGGAAGAAGACACAUCCGAGGAAGAGUAUGAUGAAGAUAACGAGAGCAGAAACCGAUUUGCUUAUGCCUACCAGGAUGAGGAGAAAAAAGAGAAGUCAGAAAUGUCUAGGUCAUUUGUCAGUCUGUCACCCAAUGAGAAUGAGUUCAAGUUUGGCAUCAGAGAUGUCAUCUCAGGGUUUGAGAGCACUGUUGGUGCUGUGGUGUCAAUGUUACGGGAGCCAAAGCUUGCUGUUUUCUACUCCCCACCUAAACAUGAUUUACGUCUAAACUUUGACGAUGAAGAGGAACUGGAACGUAAGGAAAUGAUGCGACCUUGGCCUGACCUUGAGUUUGUGUUUGGUGAUGACCCAGAAUAUCAAGGUUUAUUGGCAGAGCUGGACUCCUAUAUGACAAUGGAGAUGGAGCUUGUGAAACAGUACUCUACAAACUUUGAUCACUUCUGUGUAAUGGUGGACAAAGCUAGAAUCCUGAAUGUCAUGGAGUCGAUGGCCAGACGGGAAUGGUCAACAGAGGAGUUUCAUCAUGUCCUCUCCACAUACACAGAAAUGAUCCACCAAAUGAAGAAGAUGACAACUGUGAGAAGGGUAUCUAUGAUUCAAGUGCAGAGUAAACGCUUCAGGGAAAGUUGUCUCCCUUACUGUGAAGAAAUUGUGUCAGACUCUCACAAACAGCUUCCACUCAUAGCCAACAAACGCAAUGAAGACCUCCUCACAAUCAUUAAGGGAGCAUCCAAGAAACUUGAACAUUAUCCAACCUCGGUGGAAGACUUUGUGGAACAUCUGUCGUUUCUGGGGAAGAUGGCUACAGAAUUACCUGCCCUUGAUAAGGAGUUCUUCAUUGUGAACAAGAUGUUUACUAUAGCGAAGGAAUUUUCUGUGAAAAUUGAUCCUGAAGAUUAUGCACUGUAUCAGUUCUUAGGACCAAGUUUCAGGCAUUUAAAGUCAACAGUGCUGUACAGUGAAGCCAAAAAAGAUGAAAACAUUCGUAAGUUUAGUAGAGACCUGGACAACCUCAUCUUUAGUAUUCGGACCAAGAUCAUGGAUCUCAAGAAUCGGAUCCAGGACCCAGAUCUCCUACACAUGGACACUAUGAGCGUAACUGCUCUAGAGACAAUCCGUGACCUCCAGGAAGGUGUCCAGGAACUAUCCAUCAAGGCACGAAGCUAUGCUGCCUACCAGGAGAGGUUUGGGAGCUCACUGACCACCAGCAGGAAGGGCAUUUAUGUGGAAAUUGAGGAAUACCUGAUGAUUGAGAAACGUGACAACAAGAGUGCCCAGGAAAUCCAGUCAGAGCUCAAUGAACUGGAACAUGAUAUCAUGCUUCGUCGAAUCCUCUGGCAGUCCCAGGAGGAAUGGACAAAACUAGUGGAAGAAUGGACGGCAACAGUGUUUGAUAGUCUGAACGUUCAAACCCUACAGAAGAACGUGAACCGGUUUACACAGACAGUGUAUAUGUUGGAUAAAGGUCUACCACACAAUGAGGUAGUGCCUAGACUCAAGGAGAAGGUGUUAGACUUCAAACAGGGAAUGCCUGUGAUCACUAGUCUUAGGAACCCAUCACUACGGCGACGCCACUGGGAGAACAUCGAACGACUCAUUCAGAAAUCCAUUGCCAAAGACAAAGCAUUCACUUUAGGCAACCUGCUAGAAAUGAAUAUCUUCAAACACAAGGAGAAGAUUCAGGAAAUCUCCACUAGAGCUAGUAAUGAGGCCACAUUGGAAAACAUGCUGCAGAAGAUCAUUGACCUGUGGCAGAGCAUGGACUUCAGACUAGUGGCUCAUGCUGGUCGAGACACCUUCAUUAUCGGAGGAGCAGACGACAUUCUGGCUCAACUAGAGGAGAGUCAGGUAACCAUAGGAACCAUCAGUGGAUCAAGAUACGUGGCACCAAUCAAGAACCAAGUGGAAGAGUGGGAGAGGAAACUGCAAGCCUUUGCUCGGACAUUGGAAGAGUGGAUGAGAUUCCAGAGAAACUGGCUGUACCUUGAACAGAUAUUCAGUACUCCUGAUAUCCAGAGACAACUUGGACCCGAACACAAGAUGUUUACUGGGGUAGACAAGGCAUGGAAAGACAUCAUGCGUCGUGUGGAGGACCGCCCUAACGCCCUCAAAUCUGCCCUCGCCUCUGGAACCCUGGAGACUCUGCAAACUGGGAAUGGAACAUUGGAAAAAAUACAAAAGAGUCUUGAGGACUACUUAGAGACCAAGCGUCUGCUGUUCCCACGAUUCUACUUCCUGAGUAACGAUGAGCUCCUGGAUAUCAUGGCCCAGUCAAAGGACCCUAAUGCUGUACAGCCUCAUCUUGGAAAAUGUUUUGGAAAUAUCAAAUCCCUGAAUAUCAAGUCCAUGCCACGCCAAGCAGCCAUCGUGAAGUCCAUGACGUCAGCAGAGGGAGAGAGCGUCAACAUGCCAAGGAACUUGAGGGUACGAGGUGUUGUAGAACAAUGGUUGCUGGGUGUCGAGGCAGGAAUGUUUGAAACAGUGAAAAGACAUUUGAAGGAAGGUUUGGCUGGAUGGACAGGAACAGAACUCAAGGAGUGGGUUCUUCGUCACCCAGGACAAGUAGUUAUCACUGUGGCCCAGAUCCAGUUCAACAAAGAUGUGGUGCGAUGUUUUGAUCAGACAUUGCCAAUUGAUGCCCUGGUUCAGGUUAAGGACAAUAUGGUGGACUCCCUUAACUGUCUGGCUAGUCUUGUGUCCAGUGACAUCAAGUAUCACCAGCGGUCAAGCAUAGAAGCCCUGCUCACUAUCAAUGUCCACAACCGUGAUAUCGUCAUCAUGAUGAUUGACGACAGAAUCACACGCAAGGAUGACUUUGAUUGGAACAGACAGCUACGAUAUGAGUGGGAUGAACAAAGAAACAACUGCCUGGUGAUGCAGUCUAAUGCUUCCUUCCAGUAUGGAUAUGAGUAUCUAGGCUGCUCUUCUCGUCUUGUCAUCACACCUCUCACUGACAGGUGCUAUCUCACACUGACUGGUGCUCUCCACCUACAUCUAGGUGGGUCUCCAGCUGGACCUGCAGGGACAGGCAAGACAGAGACCGUCAAGGAUUUAGCGAAGGCUGUGGGGAAACAGUGUGUGGUUUUCAACUGCUCCGAGGGUCUGGAUUAUAAAACUCUUGGAAAGUUUUUCUCUGGGAUCGCUCAGUCUGGAAGCUGGUGCUGCUUUGAUGAGUUUAACCGUAUUGAUGUGGAGGUGUUGUCUGUGGUUGCUCAACAAAUCCUCUCGAUCAAGUCGGCAAAAGACUCCCAACUUAUGAGGUUUAUGUUUGAUGGGAAGGAAAUCAAACUCAAUAUGACGUGUGGCUAUUUCAUCACCAUGAACCCUACGUACCUGGGUCGUGUGGAGCUUCCUGAUAAUCUGAAAUCCUUGUUCCGCUCUGUGGCAAUGAUGGUUCCUGAUUAUGCGAUGAUAGCUGAGAUCAUGUUGUUCUCUGAGGGAUUCAUGUCGGCAGCACUGUUGUCACGGAAAAUUGUAAAUCUCUACCAGUUGGCAAGUCGUCAGCUUUCCCAACAGGAUCAUUAUGACUUCGGUAUGAGGGCCAUCAAAUCGGUCCUUGUCAUGGCGGGGCAUCGCAAACACCAAGCUCAUCAUGUUGGUGACAAUGAGAUCCAGACUCUGAAUGAGAGGGAUGAAUCUCACAUCCUCAUUCAUUCCCUACGUGAUGCCAAUCUUCCCAAAUUCCUGGCUGAAGACGUUCCUCUGUUUGAACGAAUCCUAGAUGAUCUGUUCCCCAGCAUAAUUCCACCUGAUCCUGAUCAUGGUAUCAUUGAGCGAGCCAUCAAUAUGGCAAUCCGUGACCAGAGUCUCCUUCACUGGCCAAGCCAGGUAGAAAAGAUCAAACAGCUAUACAAUCAGAUCCUAGUGCGUCACGGUGUCAUGUUGGUCGGCCCCACUGGCGGGGGAAAGACGACUGUGCGUAACCUGUUACAGAAAGCUCUUAUCCUUCUACCAACCAUCUCCUUGCAAGAAAACCAGUCAGAUGCGACGAGUCGCAAACAGAGCAUGUUCCAGCAUAACCGAGCUAAGAAAGGCCAUGUAGAGGUUUUUACCAUCAACCCUAAGUGUGUCAAGUUAGGCGAGCUCUAUGGAGAGACUGACCCAAACACUUUUGAGUGGACAGAUGGCCUCAUUGCCACAGCAACCAGGAAAUUUGCACGUGAAAAUAUGCAAAUUCCAGGAGAUGAAAGUCGGCCUGUCACUGCUGCAUCAGGAAACACCCAGAGUGCUCCAAGUGAGCCAGACACAGAGAUGUCGGAGAAGAAAGAGGAUGAUCCGCUACGACAGGAUUGGCGCUGGCUAGUCCUGGAUGGGCCCGUAGAUACGCUGUGGGUGGAAAAUCUCAACACCGUCCUGGACGAUUCCAAGGUGCUCUGUCUGGCCAGCGGUGAGCGCAUCACUCUGUCUGGGGGGAUGAGGCUCAUCUUUGAAGUGGACAAUUUAUCCCAGGCUAGUCCGGCCACCAUUAGCAGAUGUGCCAUGGUGUAUAUGGACCCCGUAGAUCUAGGUUGGAAACCAUUUGUGAAGACAUGGCUGUCCCGUCUGCCCAGAGAAAUGCCGGAGAGUGGAAAACGAUAUCUGCAAGAUAUGUUUGAUCAUACGAUCGAAAAGGGACUGAAAUUUGCACGAAAAUAUAUCAGAUUCCAAUCUAUUCCUGCACCAGAGAUGUGCCUUAUUUCCUGUUUGUGCCAUAUUCUUUCUGCAUUCCUCGACUUCAUGGCCAAAAAUGGUGGAUUUGGAACCCCAGAUAAAGAUGAUGGAGGUCACACAGAAGUAUCUGAACGUUCCGAGAGUCAAGCCUCCAGCCAUAGUUCCUCACGCACUGGGUCCAGGAGUACGUCUCGUACUGGUCGCAGCAAAAAGCGCAAGAGCAGGGCCUUUCAGUCUAAGAUUAAGGAGGACUUGGACACAAUAUCAGAGACACAUUCUACAAAAAGCUCAAGGUUCUCUAAUAUUCUGAUACCUUACCUUAACCAAACUCCGCUGUCACUUUUACAAAAUAGAAAGGGUUUUGAUAUCACAGGCUCUUCCUCAUCAGAAUCUGAGGACUGUUCCCAGCCAUUAAAAGAGACCUACCUACAGAGGAACCCUUUACAACUUUUAAACAUUCUUGGAAAGAUGUAUGCAUUUGCUUACACCUGGAGUAUUGGGGGUAAUUUCAAACGCCAGGAAGAUGUUGAUGAUGAUGACAGUCUCAGCCGUAGAGUUGGGGACAAAGAUAAGGGUGAAAGAGGCAUCAACAUUUGUAAUGAGUUUGAUGGCUUCAUGCAUGACUUGUUUGACAUUGAACCACCUCUAGGUGUGAGGUUGCCAACAGGAAACAGGAGUAUUUACAGCUACUUUAUUGACAUGGAGUCAGGUAACUUUGUUCUGUGGGAUGUAUUGGUGCCACACACACGUUCUCUCAUAGAAAAAAGUGCUGUCAUUACCAUUGGAGAGACGAUGGGCAUCCACUCCGAACACAAGAAGAAGCGAGAGGAAACUGACAUCACUCCAACAGUGGACAUCGUACGAUUCUCCUUCCUGUCCAGUCUCCUCAUCACAAACAAACACCCUGUCCUUCUCACAGGUGACUCGGGCGUUGGUAAAUCUGCCUUGAUUAACUACAUGCUAAGUCGCCUAAGGCGAGAUGGUGGGGCAGAGAUCAAGAAUGGUACAGUGCUGGGAAACGUAUUCUGUUACUCCGACAAACAUUCAUCUCUCCUGGAGAAUAUCUCAAACAUCACAAAGUUCGGACAGGAGGAUGACAGUAAUAAGAACCUUGACUUCCUCCUUGGUUCUUCAAAGAUAAAACCAGUGACUGGAAUCAUCAGUUCUAUGAUCCAGUUCAGCGCGCAGACAACUGCAGGACGUUUCCAGGCUCACAUCAUCCAUAAGCUUAUCAAGAAGGGCAAGGAUACCCUUGGGGCUCCCAAAGGAAGGAAAGUUAUUGUGUUUGUGGAUGAUCUGAAUAUGCCUGCUCCAGAGGACUAUGGGGCACAGCCACCUUUGGAGCUUCUCAGGCAGUUCUUAGAACUGGGUGGCUUCUUUGAUACCACCAAGCUUGUCUGGAAGGACAUUUUAGAUGUAAACCUUAUUGCAGCCUGUGGACCGACAGGUGGAGGAAGAAACCCUAUCAGUCCUCGCCUCCUCAAACACUUCUGUAUGUUGUCACUACCCCAACCAUCGACACGCUCACUCCAGCACAUCUACCAAGUACAGCUUGGAAAGUUCUUCAUGGAAGGUGACUUUGCAACAGAGUUCAAAGACCAGCUAAUGCCGUUGGUGUCUGCGAGUAUUGCCGUGUACUAUCGUAUGUGCAGUAACAUGUUACCCACGCCCACCAAAUCUCACUACAACUUCAACCUUCGUGAUCUCUCUAAGGUGAUACAGGGAUUGUUACAGGCCCACGAAACAGUCAUUAUCAGUAAAGACAAUUCUGCAUUGCUGUUUGCACAUGAGGCGACACGUGUGUUCCAUGAUCGACUUAUUCUCCACGAGGAUCGUGAUAUGUUUUUCCAAUUUCUGUCUGAUAUCCUGCAUGACUACUUUAAGGUAAAAUGGACGAAGGAGAUGUUGAUGAAUGAACAAGUUUUGUUUGGAGACUUCUUUGAAAUGGAGUCUACCUUCCAUGUGUAUCGGCCAAUGUCAGAUCGUACGAAACUGGCUCAGGUGCUGGAGGAGUAUUAUAUGAGGAUGAACUAUGGAAACACCAAGGUAAGAACGCAUCACUUUAUUUCUGUACAGGCAACUCAGAUGGUGUUCUUCAAGGAUGCAGUUGAGCACAUCACGCGGGCAGCUCGUGUAUUCCGACAGCCUGGUGGUCAUAUGAUGUUGGUGGGAUUGGAUGGGACUGGGAAAGCUACUGUAGUACAGCUGGCUGCUCACAUAUCUAACUGUGAACUCUUCAAGCUCACACUCCAGCGAGGAUAUAACUUUAAUGAAUUCAGAGACGACCUCAAAAAGCUGUACCUUAGUAGUGGCGUCAAGGGCAAGAAAAAUGUGUUUUUACUGACAGACGCUGACAUUGUAAAGGAAUCCUUCUUAGAAGACAUCAAUUGUAUCCUGAACUCAGGUGAAGUCCCGGACCUCUUUGACAAUGAGGAACUAGACGGGAUCACAAUGGACCUGAAACACGCAGCUGCUGAAGCAGAUAUUCCAGACACUCGUGCAUCUGUCUACCAAUUCUUUAUUCACCGUGUUCGUCAAAAUCUUCAUGUUGUUCUGACGAUGAGUCCUGCUGGAGGAAAGUUUCGUCAGCGGUGCCGGAUGAAUCCUGCCCUGAUAAACUGCUGUACCAUAGACUGGUAUGAUGAAUGGGAAGAGGAGGCUAUGCUGAGUGUGGCCCAGGUCUUCUUCCUCAACGCUGAGUUUAUUGCAAAUGAGAAUUAUGACCUUGAACUGCUGAAGCGUAAGGUGGGAAAAGUCUGUGUAGACAUACAUAAGAGUAUAGGUGUAAUGUCGACGAAGUACUGGGAUGAAAUGCGCCGCCAUUACUACUCGACACCGUCCAGUUACAUGGAGUUCAUUAGACUUUACUCCAAAAUGCUGCGGGAAAACAAGACUGAGUUUGUCAACAACAAGAAUCGUCUGGAGGUUGGACUACAGAAGUUGUCCGAAGCAAACACAUCUGUUGGAACGAUGCAGGAGAUCCUUGUCUCCCUUGGACCACAGAUUGAAGAGAAACAAAGGGAUACAGAGGUGCUGCUACAGCAGCUGGAGAAAGAUAAGGUCGCUGCGGAACAAGUGCGAGCCAUCGUCAGAGAAGAGGAAGAGAUCAUGCAAAAGGAGACGAAGAUUGUACAGGAUUACGCCGAUGAGUGUCAGCGAGACCUUGCCUCCGCCCUGCCAGCCCUACAGAAUGCUGUUGAGGCCCUAGAGACACUAGAUAAAGCCGACAUUGCUGAGAUCAGGGUUUACACAAGUCCACCCACCCUUGUGAUGACUGUCAUCUCAGCAGUCUGUGUACUGUUUCAGAAAAAGACAGACUGGGGUACUGCCAAACAACUUCUAGGAGAUCCAUCUUUUCUGAAGAAACUCACGCAAUUUGACAAGUCAAGCGUGCCAGAAAAGACAUUCCACAAGCUGAAAAAGUACUCCAAGCAUCCUGACUUUUAUCCCGAAGCUGUUGGUCACGUAUCAGGUGCCUGUCGCUCUAUCUGUACAUGGGUGCUUGCUCUGGAACAUUAUAAUGAUGUUUAUAAGAUGGUGAAGCCUAAGCAGAAACGGGUAGCAGAGGCCAAGGAGGCUUUACAGAUGGCCCAGGACAGCCUGGCCAGUAAACAGGCCAGUCUUCAAAAGCUACAAGAUCACUUGAAUAGACUGGAACAACAGUAUAAAGACAGUGUUGACCAGAGAGAAUCACUGAAACAGCGCAAGGUCACAACAGCACUCCGACUUCAGCGUGCCUCUAUACUCAUCGACGCACUCGUUGAUGAAAAGGAUCGGUGGCAGGACCUAGUGAAAGAACUGAAGGCCCGUCUGCAUGGCCUGGUGGGUGACACUCUGGUAGCAGCAGCAUCUGUGGCCUACAUCGGGCCAUUUACUGCUAAGUACAGGAAAGAUUUAAUUUUUAUGUGGACUGGCUUCUGUCAGGAAAACGACAUCCCAAUCACCAAAGACUUUGAGCUAAUCAAGAGCACAGUGGAGCCAUAUCAGGUGAUUAAAUGGCAGAAUGAAGGGUUACCAAGAGACAACCACUCCACAGAGAAUGCACUUAUCAUCAAAAGGGCCCAAAAAUGGCCCCUGUUCAUUGACCCUCAAGGGCAGGCCUUUAACUAUAUCCGGGAAAUGGAGGGCACACAGCUACAAAUAGUGGCAGCAUCUGACCACAAUUUCAUGAAGACCUUGGAGAUUGCCAUUAGUGUGGGCAAACCUAUGCUGCUCAAGGAUGUAUCCGAGAUCUUGGAUCCAGCUCUGCGACCUGUCCUUCUGCAUGAGACUUUCCAGCGAGGGGGCCACCUUGUUAUCAAACUUGGGGACACAGAGAUUGAAUACAAUGAGUCAUUCAGGUUGUACAUGACCUCGUCCAUGGCUAACCCUCACUAUCUACCCUCUGUAUACAUACAAGUCAACAUCAUCAACUUCACCGUCACAUUUGAGGGAUUACAGGAACAGCUUCUGUCAGCAGUCGUUAAACAUGAGAAGCCAAGGCUUGAGAACCAACGCAGUGAGCUACUAGAUAGUAUAUCAAAUGAUCUCCAACUCCUUAGGGAUGUAGAGGACAAGACACUGGGUCUCCUACAGAAACCAGAAGGUAACCUACUAGAUGACCAGGACUUGGUGAAUACCUUACAGAAGAGUAAAGGAAUGUCUAUAGAGAUCUACAAACGUAUCAAACAAUCAGAGGAAAAUGAGACUAAGUUAAAUCAGGCCCGGAAACGCUAUCUACCCGUUGCCACACGAGGAGCCACAAUAUACUUUGUCCUAGCCAAUCUAGCAGGAAUAGACGUCAUGUAUCAGUUCUCGCUAGACUGGUUCCAGGACAUGUUCAUAAAUUGUAUCAAUGGUUCAGGUAACACAACAGGUAACAUACCCUCUGACAUGAACCGUCGCAAGUCGUCUGUGCACCUGAGUGGAUCCAUGCGGCCAAGCAGCCGCCUCGGUGCCAGUCCAACUCCACGAGGCAGUGUUGAUCUUAACGCAGCAAAGGAAAAUGAACAGUCUCUUAAUCCAGCUGAACUGAAGAAACACAUGCUGGACAUGAUCAACAGGUUGACAUCCAAUAUUUAUCGUGUUGUGUCCGUGGCUCUGUUCUCCAACCACCAACUUAUCUUCUCCUUUCUGCUGUGUUCUGGUAUUAUGCGCUCCAAUGCUAAGUACCCUGACAUCACCACCAUUGGUAAAAUUGAAGAGUUUGAAUGGCAGACAUUUCUCCAUGGCAACAUCAUGACAAAUAUGUUGGAGGAUAAGAAGCUAGAGGGCCAUGAUGGUUUGACAGCCAUGGAGAGACUUGAAGCCCAGUCUAAUCCAGACAAGGUGAAGAGCCCUCCCAAAUGGAUCGGAGAUACAACUUGGCGACAGGUUGAGCACCUGGAUGUCAGUAUGGCAGUGUUCAAGAAUUUGUGUCGUAGCAUUAUGACCAACAAGGCUCAAUGGGAGUUGUUUCACUCCAAUAGUAACCCUUACAAGUUGAUGCAGAAACCCUUCAACAUGGCAGAUGUCAAAAAUUCCCCAACUGACGGUCAUCUUGGUGUCGUGAUGGACUGGGAAAAUCUCUCCGGUUUUCAGAAACUUCUACUCAUAAAGAUUUUACGUCCAGAGACCCUAAUCUCAUCAGUAUCAGCGUUUAUUGGUGACCAAAUGGAUAGUAGUUAUCUGUCCACCGGAACUUUUGAUCUCAAGGAAAUCUACGAGGAAUCGUCAGCAAAAACUCCCCUUAUCUUUAUUCUUUCUCCAGGUUGUGACCCUGCUGCCCAACUAUUACGCUUUGCUAAGGAACUGAGAGGAAGCAUUCUUCACUUGGACAUGAUCUCCCUGGGGCGGGGCCAAGGCCCUAAAGCUGAAGAACUCAUCAACAAGGCCCAGAUCCUUAAAGGACGCUGGGUUUUCCUACAGAACUGCCAUCUUGCCGCAUCUUGGAUGCCAAAUCUACAGGCCAUUGUGGAAAGGUUUAAUCAACCUAAUGACGAUGUCGACCAACAGUUCCGCCUUUGGCUCAGUUCCAAACCCGACCCCUGCUUCCCAAUCUCAAUUCUACAGACUGGUAUGAAGAUGACUGUGGAGCCUCCUCAGGGUCUGAAGGCCAACAUGCUGCGAGCUUUUGGGAGUGGAGGGACUGGAGUUGUCACAGAGAAGAUGUAUGAGAAUGCUGAGCUUGGACCAGCCUGGAAAAAACUUCUAUUUGGACUCUGCCUCUUUAACAGUGUCAUUCAUGAGCGCAAAAAAUAUGGACGUCUUGGCUGGAACAUCGCAUAUGAAUUCAACGAUUCUGAUUUAGACGUUUCCAUGCUGCAAUUGCAAAAUCUUCUACAAGAUCAGGAAGAGGACAAUAUCCCAUGGCAGGCACUGUCCUAUCUGACAGGGGAGGUAAUCUAUGGAGGUCGUGUGACUGAUUGGUGGGACAGACGCUGCCUAGAUGCCCUGCUGGGAAGAUUUUUCUGCAAGGAUGCCCUGGAUGAGAACUACAGUUAUUCACCAGAUCGAAUCUAUCGCCCAGUAAAGAAUUCUUACACAUUCUCGGACGUCCUGAACUACCUUGAAAAUCUCCCGAACUAUGAUUCACCAGAGCUGUUUGGGAUGACGGAGAAUGCUGAGAAAGCAUGUCGGGAACUACAGGCAGUGGAAAUGGUUCAAACCAUUAUUACAAUACAGCCACGCAUAUCACUGGAACUCAUGGGAGCUGAGAAGAGUAAUGAUGAAAUAGUACUGGAGAUUGCUAAAGACAUCAAAACCACUUUGCCUCGAAUGAUUGAGGAGUUUGAGGAAUCGUCUGGCCCCAUACAUACCCAGCAGACACCUCGCCCGGCUCUGAAGAGUAUUCUGUACAAAGAGGCACCAGAUCUAAAGGACAAGGAAAAAAGGCGAAUUGUACAAGAAGCUAUUGACACCGUGGUUGGAAACUCGGCCCUGAUGACAGUGCUCCGGCAGGAAGUGGAUCGAUUUAAUAACCUUCUCAACAUUGUGCACACUUCGUUACAUUCACUGAUUCUAGCAGUCAAAGGAGAAAUUAUUAUGUCUGAAGUUUUAGAGGAAGCAUACAGUGCUCUUCUUAACCAGAGAGUUCCAAAACGCUGGAUCGAAGCUGCUUAUGAAUCCUGUAAAGCUUUGGGAUCUUGGAUAUACGACCUGAAAAUGAGGGUACAGUUCUUCUCCAAUUGGGGUGAACUCAUCUCUAAUAAUGUAGAGAAGUUGAUAAAGAAUGCAUUAUUGGCUUCAAAGAAUGCAGCGCCCAACCAGGACACCUUGGAGAAGACUCAAAUGCGGAGUGUCCCUCGGGCAUACUGGCUCUCGGGUUUCUUCUUCCCUCAAGGGUUCCUGACUGGAGUACAACAGAAUCAUGCCAGAAAACUUGGGAUAUCUGUAGAUUCAUUGGUAUUCAACUUCAAAGUUCAUCAGACGUUGGAGGAUACGGAAGAAAAGCUUAGUGAUAUCUCACACAAAAUUUGUAUAAAGGAUACAGCGUUCAAGGGUCCAUCCCCGCCUGAGGACGGUGUCCUGAUUUUUGGACUCUACCUUGACGGCGCUCGAUGGGACCCAAAGGACAAGUGCCUACAGGACUCAAGGGCUGGUGACCGCUUUGCCAGACUUCCGGAAAUCCACUUCGUUCCCACACAGAUGGCCCAGGGUACACCUAGCACAGAGCGAUCAGAAAGUCCAUUAGUGGACAACAGCAAGAUGUAUGAGUGUCCAUUGUAUCGGACAUCGUCCAGAGCUGGAACACUUUCCUCCACUGGUCACUCUACAAACUUUGUGACUGCGGUCACCCUUCCCUCAGAUCAUCCACACCAGUUCUGGGUGAUGAGAGGAGUAGCCAUGUUGUGUCAACUGGAUGACUAA